AUGAGCGGGGAGUGGGGGCAUCUGGGCCAGACUCUGAUCUGGGCUGUUUGGGUCCUUGCAGCUGCCACCGAGGGGCCAGCUGCUGAUGCACCGGUGAGGAGCACCAGGCUGGGAUGGGUCCGGGGCAAGCAAGCCACUGUGCUGGGAAGCACCAUGCCUGUGAACGUGUUCCUCGGGAUCCCCUUUGCUGCGCCCCCUCUAGGACCCCUGCGAUUUAAGAGACCCAAGCCUGCAUUGCUCUGGAAUGACUCACGAGAUGCCACGUCCUAUCCUAAAUUGUGCCUCCAGAACUCAGUGUGGCUGCUCUCAGAUCAACACUUUCUCAAGGUGCAUUACCCCAAUUUAGAAGUGUCCGAAGACUGCCUGUACCUUAACAUCUACGCACCAGCCCACGCGAACACCGGCUCCAAGCUCCCCGUCAUGGUGUGGUUCCCUGGAGGUGCCUUUGAGACUGGCUCAGCCUCCAUCUUCGAUGGGUCCGCCCUGGCUGCCUAUGAGGAUGUGCUGAUUGUGACAACCCAGUACCGGCUAGGAAUAUUUGGUUUCUUCAACACAGGGGACCAGCACGCUCCGGGGAACUGGGCCUUCCUGGACCAGUUGGCUGCCUUAACCUGGGUCCAGGAGAAUAUCGAGUUCUUCGGGGGGGACCCACACUCUGUGACCAUCUUUGGCGAGUCAGCAGGAGCCAUAAGUGUUUCCGGCCUUGUACUGUCCCCCAUGGCCAGUGGCUUAUUCCACAAAGCCAUCAUGGAGAGUGGGGUGGCCAUCAUCCCUUUCCUGCGGGCCCCCGAUGAUGAGAGGAAUGAAGAUUUGCAGGUGAUUGCACGUAUAUGUGGUUGCAAUGUAUCAGACUCCGUAGCUCUGCUGCAGUGCCUGAGGGCAAAAUCCUCCGAGGAGUUGUUGGACAUCAACAAGAAAACCAAGUCUUUCACUCGAGUGGUUGAUGGUUUUUUCUUUCCUGAUGAGCCUCUAGACCUAUUGACUGAGAAAACAUUUAAUUCAAUUCCUUCUGUCAUCGGAGUCAAUAACCACGAGUGUGGCUUCCUGCUGCCCAUGAAAGAGUUUCCGGAGAUCCUUGGAGGCUCCAACAAGUCUCUCGCCCUGCACUUGAUCCACCGAGUCCUGCACAUCCCCAACCAGUACUUAUAUCUUGUGGCUGAUCAAUACUUCUACAACAAGCACUCCCCAGUUGAGAUUCGAGAUAGUUUUCUGGACUUGCUUGGAGAUGUGUUCUUUGUGGUCCCUGGGGUGGUCACAGCUCGAUAUCACAGAGAUGCUGGUGCACCUGUCUACUUCUACGAGUUUCAACACCCACCUGAGUGCUUAAAGGACACGAGGCCAGCUUUUGUCAAAGCCGAUCACUCUGAUGAAAUCCGCUUUGUCUUUGGAGGUGCCUUCCUGAAAGGCAACAUUGUCAUGUUCGAAGGAGCCACAGAGGAGGAGAAAUUGCUGAGCAGGAAGAUGAUGAGGUACUGGGCCAACUUUGCUCGGACUGGGGACCCUAAUGGGGAAGGCCUGCCACUGUGGCCGGCCUACAGUCAGAGCGAGCAGUACCUGAAGCUGGAUUUGAACAUAAGCGUGGGACAGAAACUGAAGGAGCAGGAGGUGGAGUUUUGGUCAGAUACUCUCCCCCUGAUAAUGUCCAUGUCCACAGCACCCCCUGGUCCUCCUGUCCCCUUACUCUCCCUUUCUGUGCUCCUGCCUUUCUUAUUCUCCUCUGCUCCUUGA